AUGCUUUCUCGUCGCGUCUUUCAGCAGCUCACAGACAGUCUGCUCUUUAGGUCAAGAUAUGGACCUGCUCGAGGCUUUUGCAUCGCCAUCAAGUGCGCCUCCUGUCGUCCCGGAAAACCGUCGAUUGCCAGCUCAAUCCGUCAUGCCUCUUCUUCCUCUUCGACUAGAUGGAAGUCGCGUCAAGGGAAGGACUUCUUUGCUAGGGAGGCAAGAGUUCAGGGCUUAAAGAGUCGCGCCGCAUUCAAGCUCCUGGAGUUGAAUGAGAAGCACAAGCUAUUCAAGCCCGGCCAGACGAUAGUUGAUCUAGGCUUUGCUCCAGGCUCUUGGUCCCAGGUCGCCGUCAACAAAACCUCCCCUGGCGGUCGGGUAGUCGGAAUCGAUCUUAUACCUGCGCAGCCUCCAAGAGGCGUCUCGACGAUUCAAGGCAAUUUUCUAUCCCCCGCAAUCCAAGCCGACGUGAGAGCAUACGUCCAGGACCCCGAGCUGGGCCGGCCUCGUAGACAAGUCUUAUCAGGGAAAGAUGGAUGGCUCUCUCAAGAAGAUCUGGAGGAGAUGGAGCGGGGCUACAUCGACAUCGAGCGGCAUGCGCAUCUCGAAGGGGUCGAAACAGAAACAAUAGGACAGCCGCAUACCGAGCAGGACACCGCGAAGAUAUCGGACGACAAACUAUCUUUACGAGAAAGAGACAAACGACACGGGAGGGUAGUGGACGUGGUCCUAAGUGAUAUGUCAGAGCCCUGGGACCAGACGACUGGCUUCUACAAGAAGAGCUUAAGUGACCCAUAUUUCAGGUUAAUGAAUACGAGCGGGAUUGCCUUCAAAGACCACGCAGGUAGCAUGGAUCUGUGUAUGGCAGCCUUGACCUUCUCCUUCGACACUCUUCGCACUGGGGGACACCUCCUCUGCAAAUUCUACCAAGGAGCCGAGGAGAAGGCAUUCGAGACUAAGCUGAAGCGCUUGUUCACCAAGGUCCAUCGGGAGAAGCCGGACUCAUCAAGGAGUGAAUCAAAAGAGGCAUACUUUGUGGCAUUACGGCGAAAAGAGACACCGACCAGGGAAGAGGUCUUUCGGGAGUAG